AUGGCAAAGAAGAAGAAAAAGGACAUCGAAGCAACCAAAGAAGUUGUUCAUGCGGAAUUUAAAGUUUCAAUGCACUGCAAUGCGUGUGAAAGAACCGUUGCCAAAGCCAUCUCCAAGUGUAAAGGGGUGGAGAAGUUUACGACAGACAUGAACAACCACAAGGUUGUGGCAACGGGCAAGUUUGAUCCUCAAAAAGUGUUGAAGAAACUAAAAAAGAAGACAGGGAAGAGAGCAGAGAUCGUAGUUAACAAGGCACCUGCAAGCAGUACUACUACUAAUCAAUCAAACGGACCAGAAUUAUCCGUACAACCAAAGGUACUUGCUCCGGAUGAUCCGCUAUUAAUAAUGUUUGAUUAUUGCAAAGAGAACGAACUGCUAAUGAUGUUUAGCGAUGAGAACCCCAAUGCAUGUACCAUUAUGUAG